CCUGUGUCUGCAAAGCUGUUCACAUACCUUGUCUUGGCAAUCCUUACAAUAGCCCUGUUAUAGGACAGGUCAGUUUCAGUAUCCUUAUAUUGCAGAGUUGAGCCUAAGAGAAGAAUGAUUUACCUAAGGCCACCCAGUGGAUUCAUAGCUAAGGUGAAAUUUGAACCAGGAACUUUUGGGUCACAGCUAAUAGCCUUGACACUUGAGAGAGAUAUUUUUAGGACCCACUCUAGUUGCGAUUGUAUUAAAUAUUUUAAAUUUUGUAUUUUACAUUGUUGUGACCCACCCUGGGACCUUCUGGAGAAGGGUUGGGAAUAAAUCUAAUAAUAAUCCUAACCAUGUCUAGUCAAGAAGGUAAGAGCUACUGAAUGCAAUGGAGCUUACUUCCAGGUAAGUGGGGUUAGGAUUGCAGCCUCAGUCUCCUACUCUAGCUUUCUCUGUAAAUGUGGUACCUGUUUUAUACAGUUGUCUGUCUGGAAAUAAUAGCAUUGAAUUAGAUUGCCAGUCACAUGGAAAUAGAGAUGUCUACAGCCAGUGACAAGAGUAAUUUGGAAGGUGAAGUUUUUCCUGACAUGAAGAUAGAAAAAGAUUUGCCUGCUAAAUAUUUGAGUGUUUGGCUGCUGUUACUGGCCCAGUUCUAGUGUCUUUAGAAAAAGUUGGUAAAGCUUGGGUUGUAUUCAGUUGUAGUUCUACUCAGAUUAGACCCAAUGAAAUAAAGAAACAUGACUAAACUAGGUUUGUUAAUUUCAGUGGGACUACUCUGAGUAAAUUUAGCAGAAUACAAUUCCUUGUCCUGAAUUCAAGCCCACCUCUUGUUUAGGGUUAAAUUAGACUCUAAAUAUUAAUUGUGGGUACAGCUGCACCAUUUAGCUGAUCAGUCAAAUAAAAUUCUGUGGUUAAAUUAACAGAAAUAGAAACUAAGAAAUUGCAUGAGAUUUUUGGGGACAUUGUGCUACCCUGAGCCAAACGUCAGUGUAUCUCUGGGUAGAAGAACGUCCCAAACAAUAGCUAUGUAUGCUGACUGAGAAGAAGGGCACUUUAGUCUGCUGCCCUAGAUCACUGCUUGUUUGAAAAAACACAUGGGACUUUUUUAUUCCAGUGUGUUAACAUUGGCUGGGACAAAAAAGCAAAAUGCCUAAUGGCAAAAAUGAAUAGGUUUUAUGGGAUUUUUUUGUCCCAAGGGUUUUUGUUUACAGAAGUAAAACUAGUGUAAAUAGUAAGUGGUUGAAAUGUGGGGGUAUCGUUUACUACUGUGAAGUUGACAAUAUAGUUGAAGAACUACAUAGAGUAGGUCUACUUCUGUGUCAAUUCUGCAAUAGAAAGUGCACCUCAUGACUUUACCUGUAUGUGUUGGAAGAAGGUUUUAACAAGGUGAGUCCCUGCUUAAUCAAACAGCAGGUUUUGCAGAAACUGUUAAUUAUUCUAAUGAAAGUAUUUAUUUUAAAAAAAUUACAUAUCAUUCUUCACCUGAAUAAUACCAGAACAGUUCACAAAAUACAGUGAGAUAAAAUUCUACCCACUAUAACUAGCAAUAUUCCAAGCUGGGAAUAGUUCACAGUUGGCACCUGCCUUAUUUCAGAGGGAAGGGACUUCCAUAGUUGCAGGUACCACUGCAGAAAAGACCUUUCCUCAAGUUGCCAUAUAUUGUGCCUCAGCUAAUGGUGUACCAUCAGGAUAACGUCCUCCAUAGAUCUUAAACAGAUCUACAUGGGGAAAGUAAUUCCUUCAGAUAUGUUGUAUAGGUCCUGAGUUGUAUAGGAUUGUAUGUCAGCAAAAAAACACCUUUAAAUUUGGCUCAGGAGCAAAUUGGCAGCCAAAUUCCUUCAGAAUUGGCAAAAAUGUUGCAGUAGGGUAGGCUGCUCCACUAGCUGCAUCAUUCUGCACUAGAUGCAGCUUCCAAACCAUCCUUAAGAGCUAGUUACAAUCAUCCACUUUUGAGGUUGCCAGUGCAUGGGUCACUGUGGCCAGGCUAUUCCUGUCCAGGAAUAGCCGUAGCUGGCCACCAACCAGAGCCGGUAAAAGGUGCUCCUAAGUCCUGGAAGACACUUGUGCCUCAAAUGGUAAUGAUGAAUCCAGAAGCACCACCCCAGACUAUAUACCUUGCAAGCCUGUCCAGAACAAGCACCCUGCCUGACUCCUGGACUGGGGAACCACCCACUCACAAGGCUGUCGUCAGGAUUCAGUUUCAGCUUAUUGCCCCUCAUGCAGCUCACGAAGUACAUACUUAAAAAUCAGUAGAUGAUAGGCGCCUUCUUAAAGACAUUCCUUCUUGCCAUACAGGAAAGAAUGCUACUUCUGAGAUGAUGCCUGCUGUGUGGCAUGUGCAAAGUCUAAAAAAAAUUUUUUUUUCUAAAAUAAAAUUGAUUUGUUUUAGUCAUAUGUAAAUAUAUACACAGCAGUUUAAUUAUCAAAACUCCUACAAAUUGAUUUCUUUGAUAGUCCUAACAGAGAGUAGUCAACCCCUGGCGCUAACAAGGACUCUUGACUUUUAUCAUAGGUUAAAUAAAAUACCCGCAACGCUUGAGGCACUACGGAUUUAAUUAGGCGUUGUAAUUUAAUGGUAUGGGGCACGGGAUUAGAAACACAAUCAAAGAUUCUUUUUAACCCUGCACACUCUUCUCAUCCCCAGCCACAAAACUCUCUGUAAAGAGACUUCACUUCUUUUAGGAAGAUACUCCUGUUUGCUGAUCUCCUAUCUCGAGUUGGUGGGUGGAGAGUGCCAUCCUGUGGCUGCUCUCUGCUUAAGGUGCGAUUCCUGUCUCCCCUCCAGUCACGAGCUCUGAAAGAUGCAAACAAAGUGAGGCAAAUCAGGAUGUAUGCUCAAAAACAGAUCAUCUGGAGGAGCCCCAACAGAAAAGUACAGGUAACCCUGUUGCCCUCUGCACCUCCAGAUCCCACACGUGUACAAACAGAUCCAGGAGAUGCCGGCAGAAAGAACUCUUGUAAAAGCACAGGGGAUAUUCAAACAGAGACAAAGGGUCUGGCUGCAUUGGCAAGACUGGGAGCAGCUCCCCCUCUGGAACAGCUGCAAUGGGGAACAGCCUGUGCCUGGAGCUGUGGGCCAUGAGCAUGAGACACUUGGCGGCUCUCUGUCUGGACACCUAGACACUGGAACUGCUCUAGGGGAAAGUUCCAGCUGCCUUUGGAUGCUGAGUGGACCAGGGUAACCUAGGAGGCUGUGCUCCAGUCAACAGAAGAGAAGCAGGACAACUACCUGUCUCACUUGCUGUGCACCAAGUGAAAUAUUUGGGGACACCAACCUUCUGAGCAUGAUGUCCUACAUCAAGCAACCACAUUAUGCAGUCAAUGGGUUAAGUUUGGCUGGUCCAGGCAUGGACUUGUUGCAUUCGGCGGUGGGAUACCCUACCACCCCACGGAAACAAAGGCGUGAGCGCACUACCUUCACACGAGCCCAGCUGGAUAUCCUGGAGGCGCUCUUUGCCAAGACCCGCUACCCAGACAUCUUCAUGCGUGAAGAAGUGGCGCUAAAGAUCAAUCUGCCUGAAUCCAGAGUGCAGGUGUGGUUCAAGAACCGCCGAGCCAAAUGCCGCCAGCAGCAACAGCAGAGCAGUGGGCAGGCCAAGGCACGUCCAGCGAAGAAGAAGACCUCACCCACCCAGGAGACCAGCUCAGAGACCAGCACUAAUGGGCAGUACAGCCCUCCACCAACUGGCGCUUCAGUGACACCCAGCUCAAGUGCCAGUGCCACAGUCUCCAUCUGGAGCCCAGCUUCCAUCUCGCCAAUCCCAGACCCCCUCUCCUCCUCCACUACACCCUGCAUGCAGCGCUCCACUGCCUAUCCCAUGACUUACACCCAGGCACCUGGCUACACGCAGACCUAUGCCGGUUCUGCCUCCUACUUCAGCAGCCUUGACUGCAGCUCCUACUUGUCACCCAUGCACCCACAGCUGUCUGCCCCUGGAGCUGCGCUGAGCCCCAUCACCACCCCAACCAUGGGCAGCCACCUGAGCCAGUCACCGGCUUCCCUCUCCAGCCAGGGUUACGGCAUGGCCGGCAUGGGUUUCAGCUCAGUGGAUUGCCUGGAUUACAAGGACCAGGCGACAUCCUGGAAACUUAACUUCAAUGCCACCGACUGCUUGGAUUACAAAGAUCAGAGCUCUUGGAAGUUCCAGGUCUUGUGAAAGGCAGCCUCGGCCACACCCCUUUAAAGAAGCUCCUCCUUCCUUUGCAUAGCAUCUUGGGACAACCUUUUCUGUCCACGCUUGGCAUGAGACCCACUGCUUCUCCUCUCCUCUCUUGAUUUUCCAGGCUGUUUUGUUGUUUUUAAUUAAGAGGGGAAGUUCUUUGCUCUUUCUUUGUCAACAUACACAGACUUCAGCAUCGCUUUGUUUUUCUGUGCUGUUUUCAGAAGCCCUCAUCCAGCGACUAAGUCAAGAAGGCAGGUCCAUGCAGAAAUUAGGAACUUGUGAACAGCUUCGUAUGCUUGGGCCUUGGUCAUAUAACUCCUUCAGAUUCCUGGCCUGGGCUCAGUGACUGACACGCUCAUGAGACCCUAAUGUCAACUGGGAUGGGAUUCCAAAUCUUGGUCUUUGGAGAUCUGAGCCCCCCAAUGUGGACGGACAUGUCUGACUUACAAGCAAUACCAGAACCAAUCAGGUCGGAGGUUGAAAAUCAGGCAUGUUAAAGAUGACAAGUUCUAUAGCCAGGGCAAAGAUGAAAUGCUUUCAAGAGUUUUGUUUUAGAAGACAUCUUGUUGUCUCUUUCUGAAAUCAUGACAAAAAACUGGGCUAGCUGAGACAGUGGCAGGCAUCCGUUAACAGUUUGGACAAUCCUUUUUCACAAUCCCUGUAUCCUUCCUAAUGUUCACUUGUGAUCCCAUUGGAAGUCAGCACUGAGCAAACAAGGAAUGAGCCUUCCAGGGCCAUUAACUAGGCAUGCUCUCCUCCCCAGGGAGGGGACAGGCCAUUGUGAGGGGAGGUGCCCCAUGCCGAUCGGCAUCUUGAUUGGGCAGGAGGUAGAAUGUCAGUCCAUCCCCUCCUUCCUGAAGAGGUGCAAGAGCAUGGCUAGUGCUGACAUAAGCAAGCCAACACUCUGGUUUUUUGGGAGUUGGUUUGGUUGUCUGCAGGGCAAACCCAAGAGAUUUUGCUGCCUGAGGACAGAGGACAAGAUGGUGCCUUCCCUCCCAUUCACGGUAUAAAAGGCAAGCAGACUGGCAAUCAAAUCUUCGUUCAGUGGCAACAGGGCAGUGUCCUCAACUUCUCUGUUGAGAUGCAUAGCAGAGUUGCGUAGCGCUGCGGAACGGAGAGUAUUGAGCGAGCUGUGUGUGUGUGUGUUUGAAUCUUUGCUAAGAUUCUGCCUUCCCUGCAAAUUAGUCAGACAGAGACUUUAAGCUUUAAAAUAAGAAACAACUACUUUAUUCUGGAAGUACAUGCUUGACAGGAAAGAGUCCUAUAUCUAGCUAACUGGCUAUGCUGGAGCAACGAGCACUGGUCCCAGUACUCGCCCUCAUCCUGGUUGAGAGGAGAGACAAAGAGAAGAUGUCUGCUCCCCUCUCGAGAGAAAAAGAACACUGAGAAAGGCGGGAAGGAACUGGGAUCAAACAUCCUGUUGCUUAUCAGUCUAGCAGGAAGGGAAGAGACGGCAGGAUCAAAGGGAUAGGUAUAGCCUCAACUAGCAAGAGGUCUAGCUCUCUCUAGCUACCCUUAUUAACCCCAUGCAGCCUCAACCCACCAAGUUGGAGUUGAACCUCAUACAUUCCAACACUUGAGAGCAACAGGCAAGGCCUGUUAGGAGCUGCAGGGCAGGCCAAGUAACACACACAGCUCCCUCUGCUCCCCUUCCCUUAACAUUUGCUGCCUGGGGCGGCUGUCUCUCUCUUCCUCAUGGUAGGGCUGGCCCUCUUUCUUUCUUUCUUUUUUGCAAGAUCUGUGGUUCAUGAGGGGACUAUACCUUCAAAUUUGCUGUGUUUUUCCUCCUUGCUCUUCCCUGUUUCUGUGUUUGGCUUGCUUGUCCUAGGGCUUACAGCAGCCUUCUCCAACCUGGUGCCCUCCAGACAUUUUGGGCUACAAAUGCCAUCAGUCUCAGCCAGUGGGUUUUGUAGACCAAAGCCUCUGUCAGACAAAGGAAGUACUCCUUUCUGCAGCACAUAGUUAAACUAUGGGACGCACUCUUACAAGAGGUAGCGAUGGCCACCAACUUGGAUGGCUUUAAAAGAGGAUUAGACAAAUUCACGGAGGAGAAGGCUGUGAAUGGCCACCAACCGCAAUUACGGUGCUCUGCUGCUGCGACUGUUGCAGGCGAUAUGCCUCUGAAUAUCAGUCUCUGGGAAUCACAGAUGGGGAGAGCGCUUGAGGGCUUUCCGUAGACAUCUAGUUGGCCACUGUGAGAUGUUGAUUUAUGUAGACUUUUGGUCUGAAGCUGCAGGGCUGUUCUGAUAUUCUUAUUGGGGCUCCAAAGUUGAUAAUGCAUGGAAGAACCUGUCACUGGGCAGUCUCCUGAUCUUUCUUUUCCUGCGCCCACAUGUACACUGAUUCUCAAAUCUAACACUUCACAGGUAUGUACUAUGAGAUUAUCUCAACACCACCUACCUAAAGCCAUGCAAGUUGAGUGAUCAGAGCAACAGAUGGGUGUAGGUCUUACCCAGAGCCAUGGGGUAUAGGUGAUGCCUCUUUGAGUGACAUGGAAUGAUGCUCUCCAGUGCAAGUACCUUACCUAUAAGGUAGCAUUGCUUUUUUUUUUAAGUGGAAUUUGACCUGAGGAGCCUUGCUAACCUAGGAUGAAGUAAAGGUCAAGUGGUCUACAUAUUACCUCCAGUGGCAGAAGCUAUGAUUCUGAAUACUAGUUGCUGGGAAUUGCAAGAGAGGAGAAUGCCCUUCUGCUCAGAUGCUGGUUGCUCGCUUCCUGUACAGGCAUCCGGUUGGCCACUGUGGGGUCAGGAUGCUGGACUAGAUGAGCCUUUGACCUAAUCCAGCAGGGCUAAGACUCAUAUGAUUAAUUGACUAAGAUUUUUUAAAUAUCAGGUGACAGCCAAUAAAUAUAGCUGCUUAUAUUUGAGUAGCAGAUACUGAAGUGUAACUAUGAAUAUGCCGAUGCUACUUGAUAAUGAUUUGCCAGCUAUGUUCUCAGGAUCUCCACUUAUAACAAGGCAUGUUUCCAGUCCUCCUGAUUGCGGGGAAGCUUGGGAAUUAUUGCCCUUCCAUCCUCUUGAGCCUGCUCCACUCUUUCCAAGGAUACCCUUGUGGGUCAUAGAGAGAAGCACAACUCACUUUCUAGCACCAGUCCCGAGGGAGAUUGCUACUGUAUAUAUCCUCAUGAAAUUUCCCCGAACAUGAAGUCCAGGAGCUGGGUAGAUACCAGAUACAGAAAUAGAGAAUGAACAGCUUAAAAGUAAGUCACAGCCUCUGGCCUAACCUCCUCCCCCCAUAACCUCUGCUAUAAACUUUGUGCAAGCAAAUCUGGAUGAAUGGUCAAUAAAUAGGUCAUCUGGAAGAACAUGAACUCUUUCCCAGCCUUACCUAGAGAUGCCAGAGAUUGAAUCUGCGACCUUCUGCAUGCAAAGCAGGUGCUCUGUCACUGACCUGUGAUCCUUGGAUCCAACUGAUGCGGAGUAUUAUGUAUGUAUGUAUGUGUAUAUAUAUAUAACCUCAAUGAAUUUCCUCUGAUCCUUGUACAUUUUAAAUAGCACCAAAAUUCCUUUUGCUGCUCAAUUUUAAAUCGUGUACAACAUGAAAUAGAUAUAGCAGGCUAAAUUUUAACUAGAGGGGAGGUAUGGGGUGUGAGAUGAGGCCUAACUUUCUAGUUCUGGUUUCAUUUUUUUAAAAAAAAGUUAAACAGUUUAAUAAGUAUUUGUAAAGAAUUAAAGAUCUUGGCUUUUACUUUCUCAAAAGAUCUAUUUCGUAAAUGGUAUUCAAGAUUUCUUAGUCUAGUUUUUGUAGCUGUAAAAUCUUUUUUUUAAAGAAGCAUCAACGACCCUUUUGCUGUAAAUAAGAAGCAUUUCCACGGAACCUGUUUUGGGCGAUUUUCUCUAUUAUUGUCUUAGUCUGUGAUGAGCAAUUUCCUGUACAGUUAUGAAAAAUUAUUGGUGGUUUUUAAAA